UUCCUCUCUUUUAACCUUCCAAUUUUUUCCAGAGAAAUUUCCUCGUGCUCGAAUGGUUUCUCAGUUCGGUCUUGUUGCUGGAGAUUCUUUGCGGGUGACGUUGGAUCUGGCUCGGAGAGAUCGAAAUUGGAUCUGGAUUUUAAGAUGAACGGAAGAAUGGGCAGGCGGGGCUAUAAAGAUCCGAUGCUAACACGGAUGGUGACUUCUGUGUUCAAGUUUGUGCGGGUUGCGGAGUUUGAGAUAUUGUUCUUCCUUUUCUUCUUCAUUGCCUUCCUCAUCUUCAAGGACCUGACAUCUCGUGCUGGAUACAACCAAAUCCUCGUAAAGAAGCCUGGUGGGAACGAUAUGUGGAAUUACUAGCUCAAAACUAAAUGUUGUCUUCUUCUUUUUCUCCUUUCCCACUUGCGGUUGCAUCUUGCUAUGUCUGAUGAACUUCAGAUUUUGCCAUUGUUUUAUUCCAGUGUAACUUUCUCCCUGGUUUUCAUGUGAAUAAGAUCCCUUGGGCUACAUGCUUGCUCAUUU